UGUCUCCUGAGAUUGAGGCGCCUCUGGCAUUUUAUCGUUUGUUGUGUUGGUGAAAAAGAAAGUCAUUCCAUUUGUAGUCAAUUCAUUUUGAUUUCUUAAUUUUACGUUAAAAUACGAGAAUGAGUUCAAUAGGUACAGGUUAUGAUUUGUCAGCCUCCCAGUUUUCACCUGAUGGUAGAGUAUUUCAAGUUGAGUAUGCUCAAAAAGCGGUAGAAAACAGUGGAACGGCCAUUGGACUGAGAGGAAAGGAUGGAGUUGUUUUUGCUGUGGAAAAGCUUGUAACUUCCAAAUUAUAUGAAGCUGGAGCUAAUAAACGAAUCUUUACGGUUGAUCGACAUGUUGGUGUCGCCGUAGCUGGUCUUAUUGCCGACGCAAGACAAAUUGUAGAAACCGCAAGAAGCGAGGCUGCUACUUACAGGUCUGAUUAUAAUGAUGCUAUUCCUUUGAAGUUUUUGAAAGAUCGCGUAGCUAUGUACAUGCAUGCUUACACCUUAUACAGUUCUUUGCGUCCUUAUGGAGCUAGUGUGAUCCUUGGUGCUUAUGAAUAUGAUGGCCCUCAGAUGUACUGCAUCGAUCCUUCAGGUACUUCUUGGGGUUACUAUGGUUGUGCAAUUGGAAAAGCCAAGCAGGCCGCCAAAACAGAGAUGGAAAAAUUAAAACUGAAAGACAUGACAAUAGAACAACUUGUAAAGGAAGCUGCUAAAAUAAUCUAUGUUGUGCAUGAUGAAGUGAAAGAUAAGAACUUUGAAUUAGAAUUAAGUUGGGUAGGAGAAAUCACAAAUGGAAAACAUAUAUUUGUUCCAAAGAAUGUGUUUGAGGAAGCUGAGAAAUAUGCAAAAGCUGCCGUAGAAGAUGAUGACUCUGAAGAAGAAGCUGAAUAAUUAUAAAUUUAUCUAAUUUGAAUCAUCGAAUGUUAUUGAAGUCUUUUAUUAAUAAGUUGAAAUUUUUUUUGCA